AUGAUGGGAUACGGGGGACCGCCAUUCCACCCCCGUCAGCAGCAACCUCCACAGCAGCAGCAGCAGCAGCAGCCACAGCCACAGCAACCACAACCGCAACCGUCGCAUCCCCUCGGUCCUCAACGUCAGCAUGUGCCCUCGCCAUCGCUAGCCGCCGCUCCAAACUUGCCGCAGCAUGGAAGUCCCUAUACCAGCAACAAGCCCAUUUUCCGCGCCCAGCCACAGCAGAAUUUCACUGCUGCGCAGUCGCCUGACAUGCGGAAGAUGGCGCCGACAUCUGGAUCCUUGGCUGGAUACCCUACCACCACGAGCUUCCCCGCGCAGUUCCCUCACUUUGCGCCGCAGAGUUCCCCGGACUUGAUGCCUCGGAAUUCGGAUCCCAUGGCGCUUCAAAAUAUACAAAGAGGCUACAAUCCGCUUGCUCAUUUGCAUCAACAAUCAGCAAUGAGUCCACCCAACGCGAUGAUACCCCACGGCAUGAAUGUAUCAUCACCACAACAACCGUUGAACAGGCUCCCCCAAUCGAAUGUACAUGCCCGCGACAAUCAUCCGGCUGCGAGUCCGUCCAUGGCGAGUCCUUCAAUGCUUGCCUUCAAUCAGCCACGUCCGCCUCAUUCGCAGCCUCAGUCCCCGCAGCAAACCCAGCAGCAACUGCAACAACGACAUCCACACUUCCAACACCAGCAACACCAGCAACUUCCGCAGCACCCGCAGCACCACCAGCACCAACAGCACCCAGAUUUUCUUCAGCAUCAGCGACUGGAGCAACAAAAGCAGAUGCAGCAACGCCUGGAGCAGCAGCGUUUGGAGCAGCUAGAGCAGAAGCGACUGGAGCAGCAGCGUUUGGAGCAGCUAGAGCAGAAGCGACUGGAGCAACAGCGACUUGAACAGCAGCGCCAGGAGCAGCAACGACAGGAGCAGCAGCGUCAGGAACAACAACGACAGGAACAGCAAAAGCUUGAGCAGCAACGACUGGAGAAGGAGCGGCUGGAGAAGCAGCAACAGGAAGAGCAACGGUUAGAGCAGCAGAGGCAGCAAGAGCAACAGCGGAUUGAGAAGCAGAAAAUGGAACAACAGAAGCAGAUGCUCGAGCAGCAAAGAAUGCAAAAGCUACAGCAGCAGCAGCAACGAUCGCAAACGCCAAGCCUCUUCCAACGCCCCUCUCCCUUCGCGCCACAUGCUCAAACGCCGUUUCAUCACUAUCAGCCUCCGCAGCAGCAUGGCCAGCAGCACGGCCAGCAGCACGGCCAGCAGCACGGCCAGCAGCACGGCCAAUUUCAGCAGCAUAGUCAAUUCCAACAGCCUACACAGCCUGCGCAGCCACAGUUUACUCAAUCCCAUCAGUUCCAACACUACCAGCCGCCAACCACUCAGACAACGAGCACUCCUUCAUUGCCAACAGUUGCACCGCCUUCUUCGACAUCUGCUACAAACUCUACGUCACACCCUGAAGCUCCUAGCCCCGCUGCCAAAAAGAAAGCGAAGCCUCGAAACCCUCCUGCUACGCCUUCGCAGGCAAGCCAAUCUCAGCUACCGCACAACAUGCCUGCUCCUGUACCUCCACCUGCUUCUACUCCAACACAGCUAAAUGGACAAGGCCAGCAUUCCACUAAUCUCACCCCCAGUAUGGGGCCUCCUAGUGUGAAUCCCACUGAGACUCCUACGCCUCGCCGCAAGCGUGGGCGGCCGCGGGAAGGAAGAAGUAGCAGCUAG